AUGGAUCUCGCGAGCUUUCAGAAUCUGUUGCAGCAGUGCCAAACGGAACAGGACACCCAAAAGCGCAAGGAAGUGGAAGAUUUUUACUUUAAGUACAAGCAAGAGGAACCAGCAUCAUAUGUCGCAAACAUUAUUGAAGUUAUAUGCAGCAAUUCUUCAAGCUCCAAUUAUGCCGCCAUCCUUUUCCGCCGUGACAUGGAACAAUCAGGAGAUGUGGCGGCCGUGUACAGAGCCGGGAAUGGCAAUCCCGAGUGCGUUCAUGAGGUCAUGGUCCGCAUCCUGAACACCAUGCUUGGACAGACAAGCAGCAACAGCAUUCGAUUUCUGAGUGAGAUCCUUGGCGUCCAUCUAGAGAGGAUUCUGGAGAGCGAUCCACAAGGGGGAGUUGCCCAGUUUCCCGAGUUCUUCCAGGCCCUUGAGACCCACUUCGCCGCUCCAACGACUACGUCCCAAUUGCGCGUGGGCUUCCUGAAUUGUAUAAAGUACAUCUGUGGGCUUGCAUAUACAUCUGUUACAAAGAUCGGCGGCAAGGCCAUCAUAGAUCUCAUAUUUGCAGGCCUUGAGGACCAGGCAGACACUGUCGCAGUUGCUGCCAUCAAGUGUGUCAACGCGCUGAUCCUCUACGGAGAUUCUGACGACGAAGACGAGAAGAACGAUAGCGUAAUUCCCAACAGCGUUCUUCAGCAGUUUGUUUAUAAAAUAAUUCAGCGCUUGCCGGCCAUGAUUGGCAGGCACAACUUCAUGGACGCUGAGCAGGCCCUUGAGCAGCUUGUAGAUAUAGCUGAUAUGAAUGGGGCAGUGCUUAAGCCAAUGGUGAAGGACGUCCACAUACUUGUUACAGGGAUCCUCUCGCCUCCUGAGAUUGACGACUCGCUGAAGCGACUGACCAUAGUGCUUUUCAGCUAUCUUUGCGAAAACAUUUCAGACAUCCGAAAGCGUGCAAAGAAGGCCAUCUCCGAGAUCAUUUCUCAGUUUAUUUUCCCAUACUGCGGUCUCUUUGACGAUACUCUGACCCAGGCCUGGCUGACGUCGGAGGAUCCGCACCACUUUGAUGAUCAGAAUAGCCUCUUGGGUUACGCAGAGAGCGCUCUCGAUAGAAUCUCCACAACCUUGGGCUAUAAGGUGAUCUUUCCGCUUAUUAAAGACUUUGUUAGCUAUGCCAAGGCCAACCCAACCGUCCACAAUUGCUUUGCCGUCGCUAAUAUUUUCACCAUAACCGCCGAGGGCCUUGCUCGCCUUGUGACAAAGGAGGACAUAGUUUUCACAAUCGAUACCCUUCUCGAGCUGAGCAACCAUCCUCAUCAGCGUGUCAGGUAUAGCGUGCUCAGCGCCAUUGGGCAGCUCUCGGAAGACUAUGCUCCGACGUUCCAGACGUUCCACGAAAAGGUCAUGCCCCUCCUUACAAAGAUGGCCCAAGACCCCUGCAUAGCGGUGGCCGCACACUCUCUUGGGGCCCUGGUGAAUUUUCUGGAGCACCUUAAGAAGGCCGAGACCUAUCUCUACAAGGAUGCGUUGGAGCCAGUCAUCACUAUGCACCUCAUGCAGAGCAAUCACCUCCUCAGCAAUACGAACUCACUUGCACUGGUUGCUAGUCUGUCCAACACGCUUCUGAAGAAUGACUUCGCCGAUAUGUGCAAGAACUACAUUCCUCACAUCCUGGGCAUGUUCACCAACGUAAUGGAGACUCUACGUAAGUCCCCCAACAUGUCGCUGAAUAAGCCCCGACUGAGCUACAUCUCUCGAAUACUGGAGUGUCUCUCUAUUGUAGCUGGAACCCUUCCGCAGCUGUUCGCUCCCCACAUCGACCCGCUUUUGACGGCCAUCAUGGAGCUCUUUAACUUCUCCAUAGAUGAUGCGGAGUCGUCUCUACUUAAGUAUACGCUAAUCGCUGUCAGCAGAAUAGUCGACAUUUACCCAGAAACCUUCCCCAAGUACAUGGACCCGAUCAUUGCAAAGUUGAACGACAUCUUCAAUCUAAAGUACAUCGAGUUUGAUAAUGUGAACGAGUUUGCGGUAACGGAUGAUGAUGACUGCAGCUUUACUAUUUCUCCGCACGUCCUUCAGCUACAAGCGGUCGGCUUCGACGUUAUUUCUGGCAUUAUGCGCAAAACUCCUGCAGCAUUUGCUCCGCACCUGGAUGCAUUUUUGACGAAGAUCCAGGACAGAAGCUUCCACACAGGGUCCAUAUCAGAAUCGCUCAAACUGAAUAGCAUCGAGUGCAUCUGCACCGCUUUUCGUGUUGCCGUCGCUGCUCCCACUGUGGCUUCUCCUCCUGCAGUUCACCAGAGGGCAUUCACCAUGCUGAUAGCUGCUACAGAAUCUAACAUUGAUGACAUCGACAUUUACCAGAGCAUAGCAGACUCGAUGGCUGAGUAUGUCAUGGACUAUUGCAAGUACAUCACUUCGACUAAAGACAUGACUUCAUAUACAGAGACAGUCAAUAAGGUGUUUUCUCUUCUAGAGAAUUUCGAGGAUCAGUGCCGUAAGUUGCUCGAAGUGAGCAUCCAGGAUCUCGAGUGCGACGAUGACCUUGAUCCAGAAGAGACGGCGACCAUGGUUUCAGACACUGUUGACGAUUUCUCUGAUGCCAUCGCGACGUUUGCAGACGUUUAUGGUACCUUUGCAGAGGCCCUGGGAGAUCUCUCCUUGGAUUUCAUGUCACCUCUCCUUAUGCCUGUGAUCAAGAGGUGGGUGAAUUACUACACCAGCACUAAGAAGAACGGGAUCAGUGGCGCGCAAGUCGCCUUCCUGACGAGUGCUGUAUCCAUCCUGGCGGACAUCGUUAAGUACCUGAGCCCGGCAAACUCCAAGUCUCUUGUGGAACCGUUUGUAACCAUAAUAAUUGAGAACACAAAGCUCAAUAAGGAGUGGGUAGAGAUCAACCAAGUCUGCUGCUACACUGCCGGACUGCUGUUUGAGAAAUAUGAGGGCGAUCCUGGCCUAGCCAUUCUCAUUCCUACGCUGUUGGCGAACGCCACUGAGUUGAUAGGAGUCGUAAAGAGCGGGGAGCUGGUCAGCAAAGAGGCCUUGGCAGCAUAUGACAACGCUGUCACGCUCUCGGCUAGGAUGGCACAGGCCUUUCCAACUGAGCUUGGCAACAUGAGUGGUGGACUCACACAGUUCUGGGCGUCAUGGCUGGACCUUGCGAGCACCGUCCAGACCGACCGCGAGGAGGUGAUCGCUAGCAUACAGUUGAUAAUAAGCGCGUUCGCACGCAACGACCCGAACUUCAUGAGCGGAAACCUUGUGCACGCACUGUACGCCUUCCUCUCCCUUUACUUUGGGGAUCACCACAUUAGCAUUGUUGAAGAUCAGACGAAUGCGAAUUUAAUCGAGGGGGCAAACACUGUUCUCACACAGAUUGCUGGACAUGGUACCAUCCUGGCGGAUACGAUAGCAAAGUGCUCUGAGUAUGUCCAGAAGACAUACUCCUUGUACACAAGCGUGCGCCAGUGA